CCAUUCCUUGCCUCGAUCCCAAGCUUCGGACAAUCCCGGUCGGCGCUGCUGCUAUAUAGCGUCGCUCAUGUCGUCCGCGCCGACGGUGGAGGCGCUGGGGAGGCAGCCGGACGUGCCCGGGACGGCGGCGGCGGCGGAGGCGAUGGCCAAGGAGAAGAAGGACGGGGUGGUGAAGGAGGUGAUACGGCUCGAGAGGGAGUCCGUCAUCCCCAUCCUCAAGCCCAAACUCGUCAUGAAGCUCUCCUACCUCAUCGAGCAAGAUAAAGACCGUGCCGAGUUUAUGAAGCUAUGCAGGAGGGUGGAGUACACUGUACGUGCUUGGUAUCUCCUGCAAUUUGAGGAUCUAAUGCAACUAUACGCCCUAUUCGAUCCUGUUUCUGGUGAGAAGAGUUUGGAGCAGCAGAGCCUGACACGUGAUGAAACUGAAACCCUUGAACUCAAUUUCUUAACGUACCUUUUUCAGAUAAUGGACAAGAGCAACUUCAAGUUGUUGUCUGAUGAAGAGAAUGAAGUAGCUCAUUCUGGUCAGUAUCUUCUGAACCUACCGAUCAAGGUUGACGAAUCGAAGGUCGACAAAACGCUGUUGAGCAGGUACUUUAAAGAGCACCCACAUGAUAACCUACCAGCAUUUGCCGAUAAGUAUAUUGUCUUCCGGCGAGGCAUUGGAAUCGACCAAACUACCGAUUACUUCUUUAUGGAGAAAGUUGAUGUGAUCAUAUCUCGAGCCUGGAGAUUCUUGUUAAGAGUCACAAUGAUUGAGAAAUUGUUCUCUAGGAAGCGACAAUUGAAGCCAAAGAAAGACACAAAGAAGACUGACGAAGUCAAUGACGAAGAGCCAGCAGACCUCUUUGUUGAGCGCAUACGCCUUGAAAAAAUGGAGCUGAGCAUAAGGAAUCUACUAAGAAAGAUGACAAUUCAGGAGCCUACAUUUGAAAGGAUAAUCGUGGUAUAUAGGAGGGCUAGCAAAGAAACUAAGAAAGAUCGAGGAAUAUUUGUAAAGCAUUUCAAGAAUAUUCCAAUGGCUGACAUGGAGUUAGUUCUGCCAGAGAAGAAGAACCCUAGUCUAACACCAAUGGAUUGGGUCUUGUUCCUUAUUUCCGCGGUGCUUGGUUUGGUCACUCUAGUAGGUUCUCUAGAAAUGCCAAAGGCUGACAUAUGGGUCGUGACAGCCAUAGUUUCUGGUUUGGUUGGAUACUGUGCGAAGAUCUACUUUACAUUUCAGGCAAACAUGGUGACUUACCAAAAUUUAAUCACAAAAUCGAUGUAUGACAAGCAGCUUGACAGUGGGAAAGGAACACUUCUACACUUAUGCGACGAUGUGAUCCAGCAAGAAGUUAAAGAGGUUAUUGUUUCUUAUUACAUUCUGAUGGAGCAAGGAAAAGCAACUAUACAGGAUCUUGAUUCACGUUGCGAACAGCUCAUCAAGGAAGAGUUUGGCGUGGAGUGCAAUUUCGACGUUGUUGAUGCUGUGAAGAAGCUUGAAAAGCUUGGAAUUGUGUCCCGGGACUCAAUCGGGAGGAUCGUGUGCGUUCCGUUGAAGCGUGCAAAUGAGAUCAUAGGAACUACGACCGAGGAAAUGGUGAUGCGUGCCCAGCAAGCACCGGCUGGUUCGUAGGCUCUGCGCCUCUGCAGAGUAGCAGAGAGAGUGACAUCUUCUCCGAAGAAUAUCGCAGGCACAUUCCAUGAAUCCAGAGAGACAGUUUCUCUUAAAGUAAUUUCCUCAUGUACCAUAAAUAAUCUUGAAUGUUGCAUCAUCUUAUUCUUUCAUUUCAUGGUCAUUUUUUUGUAAUAUAUGAGUGAUCGCUGUGAGAUUUCAUUUUGUUUUUCUGUAUAAGAGUUGAAUAAACAAUUUGUACAUGAAGAUCUGAAGUAUUUGUAUUGCAAUGCUUGA